AUGAGGUUAUUGUCUUUAGUUAAAGCAUAUAAUGUACCGUACUAUAAUUACAAAAAACCAGCAAUAGUUGGCAUUAAAACUAUUUGCACUCUAGAUUAUUAUAAAAAAUUGGAUAUUUCUGCCAUAGAGGAUCUAAUAACGCAUGAUUUUUCAGAUAUCAAAGAAAAUUGGCAUGAAAAACUUUCAGAACUUUAUAACCACUCAGAUCAAGAAUUAGAUGAAAUUAAUGGGUUUUUAUAUGGACGCGCUAACCGAUUUUUUGGAUUAAUGAAAGCAACAAUAAGUGGGAAAACCAAGAAUGCAUACUUUCUUAUUGAUACAGGUUCUCCUCGAACUUACAUUUCUGCCGAAUUAUUAAAUGCAUAUAAUAUAACUGUUUCUAAUGAAACACAUCAUGAUAUCAUAUUAAAUAAAAGGCCAAUCACAGCGGGUAUAUCCCCUGCAACAAGUAUUUUUUCUUAUUUAAAUAUUUUAGGAACGGAUUAUAUGAGUUCAUUUGAGGCUAAGCUACACGCAGAUUUUGAAGAAAAGAAGUUUACUAUUAAAUUGAAACCUAGAUAA